GGGCGUUGCCAGGCAAUACUGGGUACGGGCCUCAGGGAAGAGCAGUCCCUGGAUUGGGGCGGUCUCUGCGUCUGAGUGCUCCACUAGCCCUAAACACAGCCCCGCUAACCAAACCCUGCCCGCCACGGGUUUUCCUGCUGGGUGCUCGUCAGCAUGUCUUUUAUUCCGGUGGCCGAGGACUCGGACUUUCCCAUCCAAAACCUGCCCUAUGGCGUUUUCUCCACUCAAAGCCACCCAAAGCCACGGAUUGGUGUGGCCAUCGGUGACCAGAUCUUAGACCUCAGUGUCAUUAAACACCUCUUCACCGGGCCUGUCCUUUCCAAACACCAGCAUGUCUUCGAUGAGACAACUCUCAACAGCUUUAUGGGCCUGGGUCAAGCUGCCUGGAAGGAGGCAAGAGCAUCCUUGCAGGACUUGCUGUCUGCCAGCCAAGCCAGGCUCCGAGAUGACAAUAAGCUUCGGCAGCGCGCCUUCGUCUCCCAGGCAGCUGCCACAAUGCACCUUCCCGCGACCAUAGGAGACUACACGGACUUCUACUCCUCUCGGCAGCACGCCACUAACGUUGGCAUUAUGUUCAGGGGCAAGGAGAAUGCGCUGAUGCCCAAUUGGCUCCACUUACCUGUAGGAUACCAUGGCCGGGCUUCCUCUAUCGUGGUAUCUGGCACCCCAAUCCGAAGACCCAUGGGACAGAUGAGACCUGAUAACUCAAAGCCUCCCGUGUAUGGUGCCUGCAAACUCCUGGACAUAGAGUUGGAGAUGGCUUUCUUUGUAGGCCCUGGGAACAGAUACGGAGAGCCGAUCCCUAUCUCCAAAGCCCACGAGCACAUUUUUGGGAUGGUCCUCAUGAACGACUGGAGUGCCCGAGACAUCCAGCAAUGGGAAUACGUCCCUCUCGGGCCGUUCCUGGGGAAGAGCUUUGGAACCACCAUCUCCCCAUGGGUGGUGCCCAUGGAUGCCCUCAUGCCCUUUGUGGUGUCCAACCCGGAGCAGGACCUGUUGGGCCCCUGCCUUCAAUGGCUCACAUCCUCCCUCAUCGUCCUCCCUCCAGAUCCAGCUUCACAGAUCUGUCUGGACCCCAGCUGUCUCUGUCCUUGCCAAGUAUAUACAUUUAUAUACAGCUGUCACUACUUUCGUCCCUUCCCAACUAAUCAUAAUGUUUGUUGGUUUGCUUCUUUGUUUGUUUGUUUGCUUCUCCUCAAAAGCAGCUUCGAGUUUAACCCUUCAUGCACUGGGAAAGAGCUGUAUUCCCACCUAGCGUCACAGGUCACACUGACCGUUAGAAACACACAACUGUUCAAAUCACCCAGCGUGAUCUUAUGUCCCACUAAAUGAUUUUUGUAUUGUCUUUGGGGAAAUGCUUUUUUUGCUCAAUGGGUGGCAUCUCUGCCUGGCCAUCAGCUGCCUCCCCAGGUGUCCCAGCACCAAAUUCACUCUGCCAGAUUCACUGUUGCUAGGCACUCUGCUUUCUAGGGCAUCUGCCUUCCCCCCUCUAUUGUCCUGGUCUUUCCUUACAGGCUCUAUGGACCAUCUUGCUUCCCAUGGUCCCCUUCCCGAGUCUGUCCUCCCUGAGAUCGCUACAGCAUUUCUCUUUUGGCCUUGUGACCUCUGACCUGAUGCACCCCCUCCUCGGCUUACUUUCUCAAAUCUAGCACAUGUGACCUCCUGUCCUAUCUAUGGACAGUGUGCAGGGAUUGGGUCUCUGGAGAAGAAACAUUGCUGCCACUUGGCACACUCUGUGCUGGGGUGCAGAGGCUGCUGGAACUCAGCC